GGGGGGGGCCAUCCCGGGUGGGUAUUUAAGGCCGGACCGGCGGUACCCGGCCCCCCCCCCCGCCAUGCUUCGUGCCCUGCUGCUGCUGGGGGGCCUGGCCCCCGCGCUGCCCGCCGGUCCGCACUGGGCAUACGAGGGCCCCCACGGGCAGCAGCACUGGCCCGAGGGGCACCCGGCAUGCGGGGGCCGAGCCCAGUCACCCAUCGACAUCCGAACGCGGUGGGCGCAGCCAGACCCCUCGCUGCCACCCAUCUGCCCCGUGGGCCAACCCGGUACCCCGGCCUUCACCCUCUCCAACAACGGCCACACCGCGGUGCUGGCACUGCCGCCCUCCCUGCGGCUGCAGGGGCUGCCGCGCAGCUUCGCCGCCGCUCAGCUCCACUUCCACUGGGGACGGCCCGGCCAUGCCGGCGGUGCCGAACAUCUCCUCGACGGGCACCGUGCCCCUGCCGAGCCCUGCGCGGAGCCGCUCUGCCCGCAGAUGCACGUGGUGCACUACGACGUGGAGCGCUACACCAACGCCAGCGAGGCACAGCACCACGCUGGCGGGCUGGCCGUGCUCGGUGUCCUCCUGGAGGUGGGUGCUGACCCCCACCCCACCUAUGACAACAUCCUGAGCCAUCUCGGGAGCAUCCGCUACGCAGGGCAGACAACGGCCAUCCCCUCCUUCAGUGUGCAGGACCUGUUGCCCCCGCGCCUGGACCUCUACUAUCGCUACAACGGGUCCCUCACCACCCCCCCCUGCUUCCAGAGCGUCCUCUGGACCCUCUUCCAGCAACCCGUCCGCAUCAGCCUGGCCCAGCUGGAGCAGCUCCAGGGAACCCUUUACACCACAACAGCGGCCGAGCCGGAGCCCCAGCGCCUGGUGGAUAAUUUUCGGGUCCCACAGGAGCUCAACCAGCGGCUGGUGCUGUCAUCCUUCCCCAGGGUGCCCGAGGGGUAUUCGACAGGUGAAGUCAUUGCCAUCAUCUUCGGCGCCGUCUCCAGCUGCCUCGGCCUCUUCCUCGCCAUCCACUUUGUGGCCAAGAGGAUGCGAGCAAGGAGGGCACCGGACCAGGACGUGGUGUUCAAAGCCUCCUCCCACCGCACCCACUCUGACGACGGCCCUCGCCCUUGAACCCCCCAGCCCAGAUAGGGCUGCGACGGACCCCCACCCCCCCCCAGCCCUCUGCCCAUGUCAGAGGAGCUGGCUGGGGCUCAGCCCCAUGGCAGUGGUGGCUCUUGCCCCAGCCCGACUGGAAAUAAAGCCCCUUUCCCACUC